UCUCACGCCAGGAUUCUCUCUCUCUCUCUCUCUCUCUCUUAAAUUCUAGAAUUUUUAGGAUGGGAUUUGGAGGCUUUUUUUAAAAAUCAAAAAUACAUUUGCUUAUAAGAUGUACUGAUUGAUUGAUUCCUUACAUUUCGAGUUUCUGUGAAGCUCUCAGCGGUGAGUUCGCGCCAUCAAAUCAAAAUGGUGAUCGAAACCCUAUCUGAAGAUUUGCUCAUGGAGAUUCUCUGGAGACUUCCUGUGAAAUCCCUGCUUCAAUCCAAAUCGGUCUGCAAAAACUGGUACGCUCUCAUCCAAAGCCCUAGCUUCAUUUCCCUUCACCACUAUCGUGCCGCCCAAAACACCGACUGCCUCUUCGUUAAGCGAGCCCUCCGCGGCGGCAACGGCAAGAUUAUCUUGUCCUUUAUCCCAAACGAACUGCUAACUGAAGAUAUAGACAUAUCUUUCACUCGUUUGGAUAUUGAAAAGCUUCAACUAUUGGGUCCUUGCAACGGCGUCGUUUGUCUCACCGAAGGCGGGUAUCACUCCACCAUUGUCAUAUGCAACCCUUCAAUGCGAGAAUUCAGGGUACUUCCUCAACCCUCUCAUAAAAAAGGCUAUAUGGCUAAUUUGGGAUUUGGGUUUGAUCACUAUACGAAUGAUUAUAAAGUGGUUAAGUUCGGGUAUCUGGAUCCUGAGUUUAAAACUUGGUUGAUUGAUGAAACAAUUGAAAUUUAUGAGCUGAGUACAGAUUCUUGGAGGGAAGUUUAUGCAGAGUCCCCUGUUAAGUAUGGUUUCCAUUGCACUUAUUCUUGUUGCGCAUCGUGGAAUGGGGAUUUUUAUUGGUACGCGUCCUGCCCCGGUCGUGGUGCGUCAAUUAUGAUGUUUAGUAUGACUGACGAGGGGUUCAAUGAAUUGUCCGUGCCAGAAGUUUGCUUGUUAGACGAUUACAGCGAAAGGAAACUUUUCAUUCUGAAUGAUUCCCUUGCGCUGGUUCUUUAUCCUAGGGGGUGGGUACCUUCAUUGAUUCCACCGGUGGAUUUUUCAUUCGAAAAGUGCUUUGACAUAUGGGUUAUGGAUGAACACGGUGUUGAGGUGUCUUGGACUUGGACUAAAAAAAUUUCUAUUGGUCCCCUCCAUAAGCCAAACUUUGCAUUGGGAUUUCGGAAAAAUGGUGAGGUACUUCUCGAGUGCGGUGGUGGACAGAUGAUGUCGUACAACCUUGAUACCCGGCAGAUAAAGGAGUAUCAGGUGUAUGGUCGUUCACCUCCUCAUUGUUGACAAGUUCUUCAAUACACAGAGAGCUUGGUUUCAGUAAAAAGACACACCGAGCAUGAUGAAAUCGAUGAUUUACAUGUUUAUUUACAUGUUUAACUGGUUGUGGGCUUCCUAUCCACGUGAUGCACAUCGAGCAACUAAAGUCUUCAAGGUGGUCGUUGCAUUUACCUUACUCCAAACGAAGAAGAAUUUAAAUGAGCGGGUGCAUUCAUCUGUUGAGAGGUCUCCUUGAAAGUCUUCUCCCCAAAGGCGUUGUAAAUGAAAGCUACUUUUUUCAAGCUUGCAAGUCCAGGGCUACGACACAGAUAGCCAUUUCUCUUUAUGUGUUUGAUGGUACUAGUAGGUGUUAUUUUUCGACUUCACACAAUCAUGGGAGGAUGCCAAAAGCUAUUUCUUUUUUCGUUAUUGUCGUCAAUUACCUUAGCAUGUUGUUUGGGAAGUUGUUUGAAUUGGAGAGAAUGCUGAUUCUGUCACCAAACUUGAGACCUUGGGGAAGAUCGCUGUGCACUCUUUCAGGUUGAGAAGUGAGCUUCUUGUUUCCUGCCUUCUCCAGGAGUUCUGCUUACUCUGACUUGUUUGCUAAUAUCUUUUUUUUGAGAAUACUAAGAGGGCUGGAGAGUUGAUCUGUAACUUGAUGGAAAAUGGGAUGGCAAUCUCAUCCAAAACGUAUGGAUUUCCGAACCGAUCAUAAUUGAUCC